AUGUUUUUUUUGCUCAACUAUUGCAUCUUACUGACUGUAUUCGUUGUGCUGAAUCGUCCAACGUUAUGCUCACCUGAAGAACCCGAGAUAACCUUCGAGGAUUUAUAUCAAUAUGGUAAAGAUGAAUAUACAGCAAGGAAUUGGUAUGAUUGUACAGCAUUCAUGCGAAAAGCAUUGGAAGAUUUCGAUUAUUUUGUUGGCGAAAAUGAUUGGUGUAGAGAAAAAUGUUCCAGAUCAAUGAAGGGUCGAGAGAAACAAGAUGCUGCAGCAGUGAGUGAAGAUGCAGCAGAAGGAAGUGUAGAAAUAAGUUGGAUGUAUGCAAAGGCUCAACAGGCGUUGUGUUUGUUCCGCUGUAAAGCCGAACGCUUCACCGCACUUCGUCCACCACUCAAAGAUCCAGCCAUUUAUGAGGAUUUCGAGAAUCGUAGACCCUAUUACUAUUUGCAGUUUUGCUAUUGGAAGCAACACGAUCUGAAGUCAGCAGUGCAAAGCGCGUUCACUUAUUUGGUGGCUAAUCCGAAUGACACUGACGCACUGACUAAUAUGGCAUUUUAUAUGGAACGAGAUGGAUUCGAACAAGGAAUGCUCGUUGAUGCACGCCAAAUGAAAUAUGAGGUGUGA